AUGCCUGCACAGGGGUCCCAGAGGAGCCUGCUGGGCUCCCUGAACUCCACCCUCAUGGCUACUCCUAGCCUUGGGCUGGCUGCCAACCAGUCAGGACCCCAGUGCCUGGAGGUGUCUGUCCCGGAUGGACUCUUCCUCUGCCUGGGGCUGGUGAGCUUGGUGGAAAACAUGCUGGUGGUGGCUGCUAUCGCCAAAAACCGCAACCUGCACUCACCCAUGUACUGCUUCAUCUGCUGCCUGGCCCUGUCUGACUUGCUAGUGAGCGUGAGCAAUGUGCUGGAGACGGCUGUCAUGCUGCUGCUGGAGGCAGGUGCCCUGGCCGUGCAGGCCACCGUGGUGCAGCAGCUGGACAAUGUCAUCGAUGUGCUCAUCUGCAGCUCCAUGGUGUCCAGCCUUUGCUUUCUGGGUGCCAUCGCCAUGGACCGCUACAUCUCCAUCUUCUAUGCACUGCGAUAUCACAGCAUCGUGACUCUAUCACGGGCACAGUGGGCCACUGCAGCUGUCUGGGCAGCCAGCAUCCUCUCCAGCACCCUCUUCAUUGCCUAUUAUGACCGCACAGCUGUCCUGCUCUGCCUUGUGGUCUUCUUCCUCACUAUGCUGGUCCUCAUGGCUGUGCUGUAUGCCCACAUGCUCACCCAAGCAUGCCAGCAUGUCCAAGGCAUCACCCGGCUCCACAAGAGGCAGCACCUGGUCCAGCAGGGCUUUGGUCUUAAGGGUGCUGCCACCCUCACCAUUCUGCUGGGAGUCUUCCUGCUAUGCUGGGGCCCCUUCUUCCUGCACCUCACACUCAUCGCUGUCUGCCCCCAGCACCCGACCUGCAGCUGUGUCUUCAAGAACUUCAAACUCUUCCUGGCCCUCAUCAUCUGCAAUGCCAUUGUUGACCCUCUCAUCUAUGCCUUCCGCAGCCAGGAGCUCCGCAAGACACUCAAGGAGGUGCUGCUGUUCUCCUGGCACCGCUCCCCCGCCUCAGGUCCUAUGGAGCCAGUCCCUCCCUUGGAGCUCCGGGCGGCGGGUGGGCGGAUGGGGGGCCGGGCCGGCGGGGGCGGGCGCGGUGCUGAGGCUGCGGAACCGGGGGCCGCCCGCUGCGGCGGCGCCUCCCAUUGGUCGCCUGCGGUGACGUCACGGGGCGCGGCGGGCGCGCGCUGCUAUAAGAACCCGCAGCUGGGGCUGGCGACCCUCCGCAGCCAGCCCGGCCCACCUGCUCCGGUACCGCAGCCGCUCGCAGACACGCCCAGCAUGAGGGAGAUCGUGCACAUCCAGGCCGGCCAGUGCGGCAACCAGAUCGGGGCCAAGUUCUGGGAAGUCAUCAGUGAUGAACAUGGAAUAGACCCCAGUGGCAACUAUGUGGGGGACUCAGACCUGCAGCUGGAGAGGAUAAGUGUCUACUACAAUGAGGCCUCCUCUCACAAGUAUGUGCCUCGGGCCAUCCUGGUGGACCUGGAACCUGGGACCAUGGAUAGUGUCCGGUCUGGGGCCUUCGGGCAUCUCUUCAGGCCUGACAACUUCAUCUUCGGUCAGAGUGGGGCUGGCAACAACUGGGCCAAAGGGCACUACACGGAGGGCGCGGAGCUGGUAGAUUCUGUCCUGGACGUCGUGCGGAAGGAGUGUGAGAAUUGCGACUGCCUGCAGGGCUUCCAGCUGACCCACUCGCUGGGUGGCGGCACGGGCUCUGGCAUGGGCACGCUGCUCAUCAGCAAGGUGCGCGAGGAGUACCCCGACCGCAUCAUGAACACCUUCAGUGUGGUGCCCUCGCCCAAAGUGUCAGACACUGUGGUGGAGCCCUACAACGCCACCCUGUCCAUCCACCAGCUGGUGGAGAACACAGACGAGACCUACUGCAUUGACAACGAGGCGCUUUACGACAUCUGCUUCCGCACGCUCAAGCUGGCCACACCCACCUACGGGGACCUCAACCAUCUGGUGUCAGCCACCAUGAGCGGGGUCACCACCUCCCUGCGCUUCCCGGGCCAGCUCAACGCUGACCUGCGCAAGCUGGCGGUGAACAUGGUGCCUUUCCCGCGCCUGCACUUCUUCAUGCCGGGCUUUGCACCACUCACAGCUCGGGGCAGCCAGCAGUACCGCGCACUCACGGUGCCCGAGCUCACCCAGCAGAUGUUCGAUGCCAAGAACAUGAUGGCUGCCUGCGACCCGCGCCAUGGGCGCUACCUGACGGUGGCCACCGUCUUCCGUGGACGCAUGUCCAUGAAGGAGGUGGACGAGCAGAUGCUGGCCAUUCAGAGCAAGAACAGCAGCUACUUUGUGGAGUGGAUCCCCAACAACGUCAAGGUGGCCGUGUGUGACAUCCCACCCCGUGGCCUCAAGAUGUCCUCCACCUUUAUUGGCAACAGCACGGCCAUCCAGGAGCUGUUCAAGCGCAUCUCAGAGCAGUUCACCGCCAUGUUCAGGCGCAAGGCCUUCCUGCACUGGUACACAGGUGAGGGCAUGGACGAGAUGGAGUUCACCGAGGCCGAGAGCAACAUGAACGACCUAGUGUCCGAGUACCAGCAGUACCAGGAUGCCACAGCUGAGGAGGAGGGCGAGAUGUAUGAAGAUGAGGAGGAAGAGUCGGAGGCCCAGGGUCCCAAGUGAAGCCAC